CAACGUGACGUGUUCGAUUGUGCAUAACAAUUCAGACGUUGAACAUUUGAAAAAUUCAGGAAUUAUUAUUCAUCUGGUUUCGCUCUUGCUAGGAGCUUUUCUUUCACGACGGGCACUAUUUACCCAUGGAUAACAAAUCUGCUGUGUCCGCCCUCCAGGAAUUCUGCGCCAAGUCGAAGAGUAUUCCACCAACAUAUGACUUUAUAGACGGCGAAGAUGGAGGAUACGUUUGUAAAGUGGAGCUGAUGGAGAUCGAGGCCUACGGAAAUGGACGCUCCAAGAGGGAUGCCAAGCACCUGGCAGCUGCCAACAUUCUGCGAAAGAUCCGAAAGCUUCCCGGCGUAAGCGGCCUGCUGGACGAGUGCGAGACCAAGUCGGUGGGGGACCUGUGCGAGGAGCUGACCAAUCUGAAUAGGGACAUGCUGAAGGAGCUGCGGGACUACUGCGUCCGCCACGAGAUGCCACUGCCCACCAUCGAGAUAGUGCAGCAGUGUGGCACUCCCAAUGCCCCGGAAUUCGUGGCCUGCUGCUCCGUGGCCUCCAUAGUUCGGUAUGGAAAGUCGGAUAAAAAGAAGGAUGCCCGUCAGCGAGCUGCCAUCGAAAUGCUGGCCGUAAUCUCUAACGAGGCGGAUGAUAUGCGUCCAGAUAAAAUGCAGGUUGUGAGCAGCAAGCCAGCGGAAGGACUCGAUGUGGACGAGACUCUGGAGGAUUUGGAGGCGGAGCGCAGAAAGAAAUUCAACACCUACAGGGAGCUGACAGAUGCCGGGAGCGUGGACAAUACGGGCCUGCGCCUCUGCGAUCGCCACAACUACUUCAAGAACUUCUUUCCCGCCCUUAAGGAGGCUGCCUUUGAAGCCAUCCGUUCAGAUGAAUUCUCCAGCUCCAAGGAUAAGGCUUUAAGCGUGAUGAGCGCCCUGAAAAUCACACCCUCCAUAAGUACCUUGGAGUCCUCAUCAAUGGAACCCCUGUUGUGUGUCCAGUUGAACUGCGACUUUGACGUCGUCUUUGUAUCCUUGGAGAGUAAAAUCUUCGAGGAGAUUAUAGAAUACUUUGGAACGAUGUUGAUAUAAUACUUGUACUUUCCAAUCUAUUGUGGUUGUUUAUAUAACAUUUAUUUUUAACUAGGUCGGCUUACAAAUAAGUAAACUGACUCCUAUUUACACUCUAAACAAGUUCAGAUAAUGCACAUAUUGUUUGUAACUUAAGAUCUAUUCGGUUAAUACAAUCUCCCACCAAUGCUGUGGGAAUAAAACAUGAAAGUGAUUUAUCCAAGGUCUCCAGUUAGACGUCUAUGUUAACUCUGUACAAUAAGGCAAAACAUAUUCAAGCUAGUCGCAAAAGAGAUGAGAAGUACAGAUAGCCAAAGGUUAAAAUGGCACUUCCAAUAUUUUACAUACUUUCGAAACGGGGACUUCCCCGUAAUUUAGAGGGUAAAACUGGUGACCGAAGCAGCGCUGACCUAAUACCGAUGCUAAUCAAAUUUGAUGAAUUUAUACGAUAUAGUUGGUUCUAAGAGUAGUCAACAAAAAAAAAAAAGGAUUUGCAGUAGCCCUGAUAAUUUGGUUUGUAAAAUGGUACAUGUAAAAAUAAACAAUUUUAAGUUUGUUUACAAUA